AUGUUGGACCAUCACGACAACCGCGAUUACUCUCCUCAGACCUACGAGCCUGUUGUUCCGGAGGAUCUUACCCGUUCCUCCUACCAUAGUGCAAUGGGUCCCCCGCCACAGCACACUGUGCAGGAGCGCAGCUCAUCAGAGACCAGCAAUGCGUCACUAAAGAGCCCACGUACCGCCAGAUUCGCCGAAGCUACCUCAAUCCAUUCCCCGAUUGAACAAGCUCAACGGUCACCUUUCGCCGACCCUCCCAAAUCCCAGUCCCAAGGAAAUGUGGGCGACGUGGGCUUCGGCUAUGUCGGGGCGGGAAGCCACCAUACAGACGAUCAAGUACCAAUGUCGCCAUUCAGACCGGACCUGAAAGUGCCUCAAACAGCGAAGUCGUUGAACCCGCUCAGCCCGACUUUCCGCGAAGAGUAUAUGCUUGAGAAGCAAGAAAAGAAAGCGGAGGUUGAGAAUGCUCGAGAUAUUAGAAUCAAGCUUCGUGUCCGCAUCGCCAAGGUCUUCUUGCGUUUUGUCAACUUUGGCUGCAGUCUUAUUGUGCUCUCUCUCCUGGCUGUCACUUUGACCGUCUUCAAUGCAACCAAAAGCCUGCCCACUCGCAACAACCUACCCGCCUGGGCGGAGGGAACCAACCCAUGGGCCCAAUAUCUCCUUCUCUCCAUGGCCUGUGUCUCCCUCGCAGCCUGUCUGAUUGUCUUCUGGGCAUACCGAAAGGGUGGACACCGACGAGCGGAGAAGGCCGCAGUCUACUACACCGGAUUCUCCAUCGCCUUCUUUGCCUUCAAUCUCAUCAUGUGGAUUGUCGGAGCAGCAAUCUACCAACACUCCAAAUCCUCAGGAAACAGCAAAGACAUGUGGGGAUGGUCCUGCGCCCAGAACACCCGCGAGCAAAUCUACCACAACAGCGUCGACUACGCACUCCUCUGCCGUCUCCAAGACUGGGGUCUCGUCUGUGCCAUCAUCGAAGUCGUCAUCGAAGUCCUAGUCAUCGCAAUCUACGUCGUAGUCUUCUACCGCGUCUGGAGCAAGCGCAAGCUCAUGAAAUCAAUGGACACCCGCGACAACGCCCGCUCAGACCUCUACCUCGCCCAACUCCGUCUCCAAUCAGCCCCCAACACCCCCGGCUUCGCAGGCUUCAGCUCAUACCCGCCCAAAUCCCCAUUCUUUGCCGCUGCCCCGGUAGACCCUUAUUCUGCUGCUGAAAAGGGCCAGUCUGCGCCAACGCAGUAUGCGUCCCCGCGCUCCCCUACCCGUCCUACACCAUCAUUCCAGCUCCAGCCCCCACCCAUCAAAGUCCAACAGCCCACUCCUAAAUCUGCACAGGAGGAAUUCACCCCUUACUCACAGGCACCAUCACCACCACCUCCCAGUCAGCGUGUCAGUCCGCCUGUGCAUGCCAUCAGCCCUCCUGGUGAGCGCACUUAUGAUGCUGUGCCGAUUCCUGGUGCUUACGGGAGUCCCAUGGGUCCUACUUUCCCAGCCCCUGUACACAAAUGA